UCUGCAGGUUUCGUCAUGCCGACUUGGUCAAAAAUAUACUAAUCAAAUACUCUGUUUUUUAUUCAGUUUCAUCCUCAACAUUUCACUUACUUCAUUUCUUCUCUGAUUGAUGCUAAGACCCCUUCAUGUGGGUUUUCAAAGUGAGGAUGUGUUCAUCAAAAGCUUGGAGUUGUACUGCUGUUCUACUCUUAUGGUUAUCUUGGUCUUCCCUUGUUCUUGGAGCUAAUAAUAGCAACCUCACUGACCCUGAUGAAGUGACGGCUUUGCGGGCCAUCAAGAGAAGUUUAGUUGAUGUUAAUAAAAAUUUGAGUAAUUGGGAUAGUGGGGACCCUUGUACAUCGAAUUGGACAGGCGUUUUGUGCUACAAUCAAACACUAGAUGACGGCUAUCUACACGUUCAAGAAUUGCAGUUAUUGAAUAGGAAUCUAUCAGGAACUUUAUCACCAGAGCUUGGCCAGUUAUCUUAUAUGCAAAUAUUGGAUUUUAUGUGGAAUAAAAUUACUGGCAGUAUACCGAAGGAGAUAGGAAAUAUCACAACCUUGAAACUAUUGCUCCUCAAUGGAAAUGAAUUAACAGGUUCUUUGCCGGAUGAGCUUGGUUAUCUUCCGAAUUUGAACAGGAUACAAAUUGACCAGAACCAAAUAUCAGGAUCAUUACCUAAGUCAUUUGCAAACUUGAACAAAACACAGCAUUUUCACAUGAACAACAAUUCAAUCAGUGGCCAAAUCCCAGCUGAACUAGCCAGAUUACCAAGUCUUGUUCACUUGCUUCUUGAUAAUAACAAUUUGACGGGGUACCUUCCACCAGAGUUAUCUCAAAUGCCAAGUUUAAAGAUCUUACAACUUGAUAACAACAACUUUGAAGGGACUACGAUACCAUCUACCUACAGCAAAAUGUCUAAUUUGUUGAAACUGAGUCUUAGAAAUUGCAGCUUGCAAGGUCCUGUUCCCGAUCUGAGCACAAUACCAUACCUUGGUUAUCUCGACUUAAGCUCAAACCAGCUAAAUGGAACCAUACCUGGAAAUAGGCUUUCCUCAAAUAUUACAACCAUCAAUUUAUCUAAUAACAAUCUUGAUGGACCUAUUCCUUCCAACUUCUCAGAUCUUCCUCUUCUUCAGUAUUUGUUGAUAGCAAAUAAUUCAUUGAAUGGCUCGGUCUCAUCGACCCUUUGGCAGAACAGGGUUUUAAAUUCAACUGAGAGGCUUAUCUUUGACUUUGAGAACAAUCAGCUUGUAAAUGUUUCAGAUAGUUCUGCCCUCCCUCAGAAUGUCUCUGUCUGGCUUAAAGGAAACCCUUUAUGUUCAAACAGCAAUCUAGUCCAGUUCUGUGGAUCUCAAAGUGAAAAUGAGAUUGAUCAGACAUCAAACUCCACUCUUAACUGUCCGCCUCAAGCUUGUCCAGCCCCUUAUGAAUAUUCACCAACAUCUCCCGUUCCUUGCUUUUGUGCUGUCCCUCUGGUUGUUGGAUACAGGCUAAAGAGUCCUGGAAUUUCAUUUUUUGGUCCAUAUGAGGAAGCAUUUGAGGAAUACCUGACUACUGGCCUCCACUUGCGUCUUUAUCAGCUGUACAUUGAUAAUUUUGAAUGGGAAGAAGGGCCUCGAUUACAAAUGCACUUCAAGAUUUAUCCUGUAUACGUGGCUAAUUCCACAAAUACUAAUCUCUUUAAUGAUAGUGAGGUUCGACGGAUCAUGGGCAUGUUCACUGGUUGGAACAUUCCUGAUAGUGAUGUAUUUGGCCCUUAUGAACUUCUGAACUUCGACCUAUUGGGCCCUUACAGUAAUGCAAUUUUUCCUACCACUACCAAUUCUGGCUUAAGCAAGGGUGCGCUGGCUGGCAUAAUCUUGGGAGCCAUUGCUGGUGCUGUUAUAUUAUCUGCAAUUGUUUCACUUAUUAUUGUCAAGGUGCAUUUGAAGGAUUACCGUGCAAUUUCAAAAAAACACCGUUCAUCUAAGAUCAGCAUCAAAAUUGAUGGUGUGAGAAGUUUUACUUAUGAAGAAAUGGCCUUGGCGACUAACAAUUUCAACACUUCCACACAAGUUGGCCAAGGGGGGUAUGGCAAGGUUUAUAAAGGCAUUCUGGCUGAUGGCACAGUUGUUGCCAUAAAACGCGCACAAGAGGGAUCAUUGCAGGGUGAGAAGGAGUUCUUAACGGAAAUAUCAUUUUUGUCAAGAUUACAUCACAGGAACCUUGUGUCUUUGGUUGGAUAUUGUGAUGAAGAAGGUGAACAGAUGUUGGUGUAUGAGUUUAUGUCAAAUGGCACUUUGAGGGAUCAACUUUCAGCUAAGACAAAAGAACCUCUGGGUUUUGCAACAAGACUGUCGAUUGCCCUGGGUUCAUCCAGGGGCAUCCUCUAUCUGCAUACAGAAGCUGAUCCUCCAGUAUUCCACAGAGAUAUUAAAGCCAGCAACAUACUAUUGGACAAUAAGUUCGUUGCCAAGGUUGCUGAUUUUGGACUGUCACGACUGGCUCCAGUUCCAGAUCUUGAAGGGGUUGUGCCAGCUCAUGUAUCCACAGUAGUAAAGGGAACUCCGGGUUAUCUUGAUCCGGAGUACUUCUUAACUCAUAAAUUGACAGAUAAGAGUGAUGUUUACAGUCUUGGUGUGGUAUUCCUGGAACUCCUGACUGGUAUGCAUCCAAUCUCACAUGGCAAGAACAUUGUCCGAGAGGUUAAUAUUUCUUAUCAAUCUGGGAUGAUCUUCUCAGUCGUGGAUGGAAGAAUGGGUUCUUAUCCUUCCGAUUGUGUUGAUAAGUUUCUGACAUUGGCCCUCAAAUGUUGCCAAGAUGAGACAGAUGCAAGGCCCUCGAUGGCAGAGGUGGUGAGAGAACUUGAAAACAUAUGGCUUAUGAUGCCGGAGUCAGAUACCAAAAUAGCAGAAUACAAAGCCAGUGCACCCAAAGGAGAAGAAGAAACUCCUCCAUCCUCAUCCUCCAUGGUGAAGCCCCCACAUCUGCAACCGAACCCGUAUGUAUCAUCAGAUGUCUCUGGUAGCAACCUUGUCAGUGGAGUCAUCCCUACCAUCACACCAAGAUAAAAAAUGCAUACUGAAAAUAUUGAUUGGUUAAACCUGAUUUCAUGGUUUCUUUCACAUAAAAAGUUUAUGAAUUUGCAUUUCUUUGUAAUUUGUUUGGUUUCUGAUUUUAGUACAGGUUUUCUUGUUUUAUUAAGGUAAGGUAGAUUAGAUAGUGGUGUUACAGUAUUGCUGCAAUAACACUGUAGAAUAUUAAAGAUGAAUUAUACCAUUCGUAUUUACUUAUUGUAUUAUACAACAAUUUUGAACUUUAGUAUCUUUAUCGACUCUUUCAUCAGCUCC